AUGAGACUCAAGAGUGAGCAUCCAACUUGUCACAUGCCUGCCUAUGCUAUAGAAAACGCCAUCACUACUGAGUCUUUGACGGCGGACGCCAUCGAGAAAAGUGCCUUUGAUAACAAGAUGAAGAUCUUCUACGAGUAUUGGUACUCCAUGGGAGUCCGCGGAGACAACACCCUAGAGUACGCCGAGUUUCUCGGGUACAUUGACGGCACUGAGCUGUACCCUGACUUUCAGCCCAUCACGUUUGAGGCUUUCCUGAAGGAAAUCCUUGAUGGAAAGUCGGUACCUAUCUAUCGCGCUCUCGAGGAAAAUGUAGCCAAAGCCGAAAAGAAAACUAAGGCAUGA